CUCAGUUAGUUCAUUCAUUCAAAAAGAAGCCCUCCAUGGAGGUGGUGCAAGUUCAAGAGUAAAAGUUUAAUAAAUCAAAACAAUAAGUUUCUCAAUAAUAAAAAAAACUGAAACAUAUGGGAACGGUGAACCACAAAAGCUUUUCGCAGUGUUCCUAUCUACAUACCUACGUGAAUAUAAAUAAAAAACAAAAGUGUGAAUCCCCUUGGUCAUUAGCAUUACUUUAGUGAUUGUUAAAAAAAAAAGAAAAAUUAUAAAUUAAUUUUUAAUUCAGUUCCGCAUUCUAAAGACAAGAAACAAUAUGGGUGUACCAAUAUUUGAUGGUGAUAAUGUAAUACCAAUGAAUAAAUGCAAAGCAGAAUCUAGAAAAGAACUAGAGCCCAAGACUUCCAAACCAAAACCCCCAAAGGAUUUUAUUGGCAGCGGCAAGGAAUUUCGCAUUGACUGUAAUCGAAAUAAUCUUCGUAUCAUCGGCAACGGAAAUAAGAUUCGAAUUAAUCGGAAUUCCGGUAAUUUGGAUAUCGUUGGCAAUGGCACUCGUGUUAAGAUAUUGAAUAAUAGUGGAGCUAUUAAGUACACUGGCAACAGUGGUCGCAUAUACUUAGGAAGUGAAUCACCAGAACAAGCUAUUGAUUACAUAGGAUGUAAUGGAAUACUUAAAGUACUUAAUGCUGCAGAUAUAAGAAGUAAUAGUGAUGGGGAAACAGAUCGCCAAGAAAAACGUAAAUCACUGUCGCCCUCGCCAGCAACCAGGUAUAAUCUUUCUUCGCCAAAAAGUGAUACCGAAAGUGAGAGGAAUUCUAGCCCACUGCCAUUAUUUAACCGCUUCAGCGUAAGAAGUAAUAUUUCCUUGCCAAAUGCAGUGCAUCCUAAUUGUCACCCUAAAUCCGCCAGGAUAACAAAUUGUUUUAACUUGUCAUGCAGUACUGGUAAUAUAGUGAUAAAGAAUGCUAUAAGUGUGUCUAUUUAAGCUUCUGAAUGUCAAUUCAAAAAUUUUUUUUAAAUAUUGUACUAUUGGUUUUAAGACUGUAUUAAAUAUUAAACUCUUGCCUUUUUAUAUAUGUAAAUAUAAAACCUAUUGUUCCUAUUACACAACUUUAAUAUAUUAUUUAUACCUAUACUGUAUGAUUAUCUAUAUGUUUUAUAUAAUUAACUUAUUUGUUUAAAUAGUUUUUAGUAUUUUAUAUUGCGCAUAAAACAAAAUUGUAUCCACCCUUAUUAUUAAUGUGAAUCCUUAAUUUACUACUCAUGUAUGUAUAAUGUGUUUCAUUCUGUGAAUGUUAAAACUACACAAUCAUGUAGUUUAAUGUGGCUAUUUAGGAAAAAGUUAAAAAAAUAUAUUUAUAUUUCAAUCUA